GGGAACGAAAGCAAGUAAACAGGUUGAAGAUGGACAUGAGCGAAACGUGACACAAAAUACACAGUAUUCGAAGCGGGUUUAGAACGGGCCUUAUUUUAACUGAAUACCUUCUACUUAUUUAUUUAAUUUAUAGAAAAGAGUUUGAUGCGUUUGCCGGGAAAAACGAAGAAAGCGAGCGAUUUUACCAAGGAAAUAUUUUAUCCCAUAAUCUGAUGGGAUAUCCUUACAGUCCUGAAAUGAUAACAUCUGUAAUAUUUCUGCAUCUGCUUCUUCUGUCACAUCAUACAGUGUCAGAGGAGCAGGUGCAGCGCUAUGUUACUGGAGAGAAAGGAGGCAAUACUACACUACAGUGUCUUGACCAGCCAGUCAAUGCGUCUUCACUUCUUUAUCGUUGGAAGAAAUAUGGGGCCGUUGUUGCAACCCAAAACCCCUUGAAGCCAUCAGAGCAUCUUUCCAUUUCAAACAAUGGCUCUCUUUGGAUCACUGACCUCCAGUUUAUAGAUGAAGGCCGGUACGAAUGUGAAUCCCAAACAAAGGAUGGCAGCUCAUGGCAAACUCUCUCAAACACCCAGCUUCGAGUCGCCGAGGGUCCAACUAGCGUCUCACUGGCCAUACAGCCGGCAGCUCUACUACCGAAUGGAACAUUAUAUGUCAAAAAAGGCGCAGAUGUGCAUUUUAACUGCUCCAGUGAGUCUGUACCCUCACAAAACCUGGCAUGGACUGUUAAAGAUUUGGCGCUGGACAGUGAUGACAGGGCGACUGGGAACAAAUCAUUUCUUGAGUUCUCAAUAAAUAACAUCCAACCAAGCGAUCAAGGGACGUACACGUGUACAUCCCAGAAUGCACUCUCCAAGACAACUGUGAACAAGAGCCAGGAGCUGCUAGUUUACUAUGCUCCAGAGAGGCACCCAGAGUGCAGCUGGAAGAUAGUAAAUGAGCCAUUGGACGUCUUGUUCAUAUGUAGCUGGUAUGGAGGUUACCCCGUGCCCACUCUGGACUGGCAUGAGGUCCUUGAAGAACAUGUAAUAGCCAAGGGUCCCACUGUCAACUCCACAUCCAAGGAAACGGAGCACUUGGAGGUGCAUGUGAAUGGGUUUAUACUGCACAGUGGUGAGGAAGUGAAGUGUAUUGGACAUCAUGUGACUGGGGUGGAGAAUUCCUGCUCCUUUAAGCUCAAGUCACCAUAUCCCUUAGGAGAUCCCAUGGUAACGGCUUUGGUGGGCAGCAGUAUCACCCUCAGCUGUACUGAGAGCGAAUCUCUGCCGCCGGCUAAGACUGUCUGGAUGCAAAAGGACAAAAAAAUCAUCAACACCACCUCCAAAUAUAUCGUGUCUGAUCAUAACCCCAAUUACAAACUCACUAUAGUCAAUGUAACGAAAGAAGAUGAAGGGGUCUACUACUGCUACAGUAUAAACCCUGUUGGCCCAAAAGAGCUGGAAGUGUAUCUUACUGUGAAGACUUCUGCGGGUAAUGAGGGGGCUGUGGUUGGAGUCUUUGUUUCUGUUUUGAUAAUGAUGAUUGGAGUCAUUAUCGGUGUGACAAUAUAUACAAAGCGGGAUCGAAUUUGUAUUGGCUUGGGAUUUAGUCAUUUAGAGGAUGACAGAGGGGAUAUACUGAGUUUAGUGGAUUCAGACGAAGAGGAAAUUUUCCAUGAAACGGUUCCACAACUCCCCCCGCAGACAAACGGACAUGCAACCACACUCGUAGAGAUUCACAGGAUACCAUCCAGUAAGUCCGCAGCGUCCCAAAUGGCAUUUAGAUGCGAUCAUGAAGACAAUGCAGACAGUACAGUGCAAAAUAAUGAUCAAACACAUCCAGAACCACCACAACAGACAGCACACUGUUAGUUAUCAGUUUAAAUGUACAGAAACGAAAUUUUCCAAAUGGUCAAUUCUGAUAAAUUAUUAGUAUUUUUGUGUGGUAUUUUGCUUGUAUAAUAUUCCAUCAAUCUGUGUAAAGUGUAAAGUUAUUAAACUCAUUUUAGAGAGAGGCCCUGUUUUUAUUUUCAGUAUUAGUUUUUAACAGACUGGCCUCAGUUCAUAACAUUAAAACUUGUACCAGUGAAAUGUGUUAUGAAACGUUAUUAUUACUUGAACUGGCUUGAAUGAUGGUUUCUGUAAAAUUGUAUGGGUGAACCUGAACAAAAUAUAACCGGGUCAUAUUUCGUGGCAAAAUAAUAAUAAUAAACCCUUGAUAAUACGAAA